CUGGUAUAAGAACAGCUCGCUGCUACACAUUGCAUUCUCUGGACCUUCCUCCUUCCAUCGACCUUUGAGCGAGACCACAACAUGUGUCCGACACCAGAGGCCAACGGCCACCCCAAUGGCACCAAUGGCACCAACGGCAGUUCAGUCAAUGGCUCCGGCGAAUAUGUCGGAUUCCCCAGCAAUUUCUCAUCGCGACCGCAAACGAGAAACCCCUACGCGCCAGUACCUGAUUUCCUGAGCAACAUCUCCAAUUUCAAGAUUAUCGAGUCAACGCUGCGCGAGGGAGAACAAUUCGCCAACGCCUUCUUCGACACCGAAACCAAGAUCAAGAUCGCCAAGGCACUUGAUGAAUUUGGCGUGGACUACAUCGAGCUCACAUCACCCGCAGCAAGCGAGCAGUCGAGGCUGGACUGCGAAGCAAUCUGCAAGCUCGGAUUGAAGGCCAAGAUUCUGACACACGUAAGGUGUAACAUGAGCGAUGCCAAGCUUGCAGUCGCAACCGGCGUAGACGGUGUGGACGUGGUCAUUGGUACCAGCAAGCAUCUCAUGGAGCACAGUCACGGCAAAGACAUGGAGUACAUCAAGAAGACCGCAAUCGAAGUGAUUGAGUACGUCAAGUCGCAAGGCAAGGAAAUCAGAUUUAGCUCGGAAGACUCUUUCCGAAGUAAUCUGGUUGAUCUCCUCACUCUGUACAGCGCUGUCGACAAGGUUGGCGUAAACAGAGUCGGCAUUGCGGACACCGUUGGCUGCGCGACUCCACGACAGGUAUACGACCUGAUCCGAACGCUCCGUGGCGUUGUCAGCUGCGAUAUCGAGACCCACUUCCACGACGACACGGGCUGUGCUAUUGCAAACGCAUACUGCGCGCUCGAGGCAGGUGCAACACACAUCGACACCUCAGUUAUCGGUAUCGGUGAGCGGAAUGGGAUUACUCCGCUCGGUGGCCUCAUGGCCCGCAUGAUUGUCGCAGACCGCGACUACGUCAAGAGCAAGUAUAGGCUGGAGAAGAUCAAGGAGAUUGAAGACUUGGUCGCAGAGGCAGUUGAGAUCAACGUGCCAUUCAACAACCCAAUCACGGGCUUCUGCGCCUUCACACACAAGGCCGGUAUUCACGCCAAGGCCAUCCUGAACAACCCAUCCACCUACGAAAUCAUCAACCCUGCAGACUUCGGCAUGAGCAGAUACGUGCACUUUGCAUCCCGUCUCACUGGCUGGAACGCCAUCAAGUCGCGUGCUGAGCAGCUCAGCCUGGAAAUGACUGAUGAGCAGAUCAAGCAAGUCACGCUCAAGAUCAAGGCUCUCGCAGACGUCAGACCGCUUGCAAUUGACGACGCAGACAGCAUCAUCAGGACCUUCCACUCCAACUUGAGCGCCGACAAGGAGAAGCCACUGCUCAACCUCUCGGAGCAGGAGAAGAAGAAGUUCGCCAAGGCCGAGGCCGACCUUAACAAGGAGUCCGAGAAGCGGGCGCUCGAUGAGACGGUUGAUCAGCAAGCCGAUGUCCCAGUGGCCAAGAAGACCAAGACUGCGACUGUAUCAUAGAUGAGGACGCUCACCUCAUGUUCAACGAUAUCUACGACAUUUUCAAAAUCCUGCUAUUCAGGUGGCGUUCCGGGCAAGUUAUACGCGGAAGGCAUAAAAGCGAAGCGAAACAGCAUCUGUACCUAGUAGGGCAGACCUCGGCAUUGCCAGUAGAGUUGAGAAUAAUUCGAAACAAUUG